AUGACGGGAGCCCUGCAGGGCCCUAACGGCUGCACUCCUUCUUUGCUGCUGCAGGUCCCUUCUACCGGUUUUCGCACGUACCACGACUGGGUGCAGGAGCAGCAAGGAGCGCAUGUGCCCAGCUGGAAGCCCAUGCUGCUACGGCUGAAGCACGUGCCCAUGCUCGGGGCGUUCUUCCUCCUUGCCUCGGCCUUCUUCAACCUGGACGAGGCGCGGCAGGACGACUUCUACGAGCGCGGCCUCCCCUACCGCCUGUUCUUCAUGGUGCCGAUGUUUUUUAUUUUCCGCAUGCGGUUCUACGGCUGGAUCCUGGCGGAGUGCACCUGCAUGGCCGCGGGGCUCGGGGCCUACCCGCGCGGCAAGGCACGCUCGGGAGGGGGCCCCACAAUGCAGUGGGUUCUCAAGUCCAGUGAUGAGCAGGAGAGCCGCACCGUGGAAUACGACUACGAGAGCAUCAAGAACAUCGACUACUACAGCACGGACUUCUGCGUGCGCGUGAAGGACGGCAUGCGCUACUGGAACAUGACGGUGCAGUGGUGGCUGGCUCAGUACAUCUACAAGAGCCCCGUUCAAUCGUACAUCCUACGGAGCGCGGUUACGAUGCUGAUCAGCGCGUUCUGGCACGGGAUCCAUCCCGGCUACUACCUGAGCUUCCUCACCAUCCCGCUGUGCCUGGCGGCCGAGACGUCCAUGGAGCGCGCGGUACGGGACCGCCUGCCCCCCUCGCGCACGCCGCUCUUCGACUGGGUUCACUGGUUCCUGAAGAUGCGCGCGUUCGACUACAUGUGCAUGGGCUUCAUCCUGCUGAGCUACGAGGAGACCGUCCGCUACUGGCGCUCCGUCUACUUCGUGAUGCACGUGGUGACGCUGGGGUUCGCACUGCUCGGCCACGCGCUCUGCCUGCUCCCGAAGACGGUGCGGCGCGUGGCAGUGGCCACCACAGAGUGACCGCUACACAGUGAUCAUAACACGGUGACCACCACAUUGACAACCACACAGAGACCACCACAUUGACAACCACACAGUGACCACCACAUUGACAACCACACAGAGACCACCACAGUGACAACCACACAGAGACCACCACAUUGACAACCACAGAGAGACCACCACAUUGACAACCACACAGAGACCACCACACAUUGACUGCCACAAAGCGAUCACACAGUGACAACCACAGUGACCACCACAGUGGCCACAGCAGAGUGACCACAUGGUGAUACCCCUACCCAACCACACAAUAACCACACAGUGAUACCUCUACUCAACUACACAACAACCACACCGUUAUACCCCUACCCAACACAAUUACCACAGUGAUACCUCUACCCAACCACACAAUAACCACACAGUGAUACCCCUACCCAACACAAUUACCACACAGUGAUACCCCUACCCAACCACACAAUAACCACACAGUGAUACCCCUACUCAACUACACAACAACCACACAGUUAUACCCCUACCCAACACAAUUACCACACAGUGAUACCCCUACCCAACCACACAAUAACCACACAGUGAUACCCCUACUCAACUACACAACAACCACACAGUUAUACUCCUAACCAACCACACAACGACUUGUUGUGCGAGCAGGACCCGCACACGCUUCUAUUUGUCCCGGGACCACCAUGCGAGCUGUUACUCCACUCGGUGCUGAUGGUAUCAGUACGGACUGUGCUGACGGUGCGGUCGGUGCUGACGGUGCGGGCGGUGUCGUUGCUGUCGCUGACGGUGUCGGUGCUGAUGGUGCGAUCCGUGUCGUUGGCGCCGACCGUGGUGAUGUCUUUCCGGGAGCCACGGUGGCAAUUCGGUCCAGUCGGAAUCCCUAGAGCGACGGCGGCUACCCCUGGGUGCUUAGCGGCCCUGUAAUUAAAAUUUUAAUGCCGAGCGUGUGGAGUGAGGAGGGAGGACCAUUCUUUGUCCCUCGGAAACCAAAUUAGGGAAUAUUGUACCUGAAAUUGUGUUAAUAUCACCUGUUUUAUGUCAUGGAAUUGUCAUUUUCCUAAUAAAUAAAAAUAGGAGUGUGGUGCCCUUGCGUGGUGACGGGAGGCUUGCCGGGCGGUGGCAGCGAAAGCGAUUCUCAAAUCGGCGGCAAACAGGAGCACACGACGUCCAGC